GCGGAUCGGUUAGUCGGUGGUACCGCGAGUCGAUUCUCGCUUAUGCGUGCACGCACAGCGGAGACUCGCACUUCUCAACCCGGAUCCAGGUUCCACCUUUGUGCGACGAAUGCAGCCCUGCGAUUCGAAAAGCCUUUCAUCGAUCGUGGGAAAAACGAAGGCGAGGAUUAAACGCGCAACCUAACGAUUCGUCCACGGCCUAUCGAGCUUCUUCUGUCUCCUGUGAUCGCUGUGAACCGACACUGUGCGAACAGAAUUUUCACGUAAACAGUAGCACUGCUGUGCACGGCGGAGGAGUGAGCGAAGAAAGGGCGGAGAGGCAGAGGAUGCACAGCGUUGUCGUCGUCGGGGAAUGAUUUCGGACGCUGCUAGGAUACUCAAAUCUAUCUUCGGCCGUUGCAUCAACAGAUGAUGGCAGAUCUAAAGAAUCUUACUCUGAGCAGUGGAGGAGGAUCUAGAUACAGCGGCGAUGAACAGGUGCAGUUCAUUCCGGGUGGAAGUCACCAGGUGACAAUUAAAUCUCCUCCACCUGCUCUACAUUUGGAGAACCUGAAUAACGCUGUCCUCAGCGACUCGCAGAACAAUCUUCACUGCAGCUGCAAUGGAAGCGCGGCGUCGAAUGGUGCCGUGGUUGCGGUCUGUAGCAGCAGCAUGUUCGCGAGGAAAGUGCCGAACCAUAGUCCAGGACAGGAUGGGAAAAGGCCGGCAGUGACAUUGUCGCAUUUACCGAAGAGGCCACCGGUUGACAUUGAGUUCAAGAAUCUGGCGUACAGCGUGUCCGAGGGGAGAAAAAGAGGAUACAAGACGAUAUUAAAAUGCAUAAACGGAAAAUUCCGGUCCGGAGAACUGACCGCCAUCAUGGGCCCGUCAGGAGCUGGAAAAAGCACACUGAUGAACGUUCUAGCUGGUUACAAAACGUCCCACCUGAGUGGUUCCGUUUUGAUCAACGGAAAGGAUCGAAAUCUCAGGAGAUUUCGAAAAAUGUCCUGUUACAUAAUGCAAGACGACCGUCUCCUGCCUCAUCUGACGGUUUACGAAGCGAUGACGGUCUCGGCGAACUUGAAAUUGGGAAAAGAUAUCAGCGCGGGUGAAAAGAAAGUGGUGAUCGAAGAAAUCAUCGAAACGCUCGGCCUAAGCGACGCGAGCAACACACAAACUCAUUGCCUUAGCGGAGGACAAAGAAAGAGACUAUCGAUCGCAUUGGAGCUCGUUAACAACCCUCCGGUCAUGUUUUUCGACGAACCGACGUCCGGUUUGGACAGUUCAACGUGUUACCAAUGCUUAAGUUUGCUCAAAUCAUUAAGUAGAGGAGGGAGGACUAUCAUAUGCACGAUACAUCAACCAAGCGCGCGACUCUUCGAGAUGUUCGAUCAUUUGUACCUUCUGGCCGAGGGCCAGUGUAUAUAUCAAGGAAACGUUGGCGGCCUCGUGCCCUUUUUAUCGUCGAUGGGCUUGGAAUGUCCAGGUUAUCACAAUCCGGCGGAUUACGUGAUGGAAGUGGCGUGCGGAGAACACGGCGAAUGCGUGCAUAAAUUGGUGAUGGCGGUGAAUAACGGUAAAUGUGCCAAUUACCAGCACCAUCAGGCCACGAUAAACGCGGUACAGACUGUAUCGAACGACAUAGCGAAAGAAUCGCCGCAGCAGGAAACGAAAUCCGAGACUGCUCUGAUACCGAACGGUGUAGCGAAGCAACCGAACGGUGGAACGGUAAUUAACAUGCCAAUUUCUUGCACGACUUCUCUACUGGACAGCGCGGAGAGUAUAGAACAGAGAGUUGGCUUUCCAACGAACAGCUGCACCCAGUUUUGGAUCCUCCUUAAGAGAACAUUCUUGUCGCAAAUAAGAGACAUGACAUUAACGAGAGUAAGGCUGAUUUCCCAUAUAAUCGUCGGGUUUCUCAUCGGUGCGAUUUAUUACGACAUCGGCAACGACGCCUCGCAAGUAAUGAGCAACGCAGGCUGCGUUUUCUUCACGGUGAUGUUUCUCAUGUUCACCGCUAUGAUGCCUACCAUUCUAACGUUCCCGUCAGAAAUGGUCGUAUUCGUGAGGGAACAUUUGAAUUACUGGUAUUCGGUGAAGGCUUACUAUCUUGCGAGGACUCUGGUCGAUGUACCCUUUCAAAUUGUGUAUUCUAUAGCAUACGUCAACAUUGUAUAUUUCAUGACGUCGCAACCAUUGGAAGCAAAUAGAUUCAUGAUGUAUUUAACGAUAUGUAUAUUAACAGCGUUAGUUUCUCAAUCGAUCGGUUUAGUGAUAGGAGCAGCGAUGAGUGUGGAGAGUGGAGUAUUCAUCGGUCCUGUGUCGUCGGUGCCGAUCGUUCUCUUCUCCGGCUUCUUCGUCAAUUUUGAUGCCAUUCCAAAGUAUCUCAAGUUUCUCUCGUACGUGAGUUACGUCAGAUAUAGCUUCGAAGGCACCAUGAUUUCCGUGUACGGUUAUAAUCGUGCUAAGCUCAAGUGUUGCGACGCGUACUGCCACUUCAAGAGCCCGACAAAGUUCCUCGAAGAAAUGUCGAUGCAAAACGCCGUCUUCUGGGUGGACGCGGUUGCGUUGACAGGUUUUCUCGUUACGUUGAGGGUGAUCGCCUACUUUGUACUGCGACUGAAGUUACGAUCUCUUCGUUAAAAGCAUGCCAGUGGCCGAGGGAUGAUCGAUCAUCGAGAGGUCACCGUGUGUCACCACCGAUUUACAUUCGUCUCAUCGUUUCGAUCACACACUGAAAUCCGCGACUACCGUUUACUUUCCUCGCCGAAAAAAUAGUUA